UGCUGCGGGAAAAAAAGUAUAAAAAAAGGUAUUUACAUCUUUAACCCCACCGGCGCCCACAGAACGGAACGGUGUCCCGUUGCCUUUCGUCCCACGCCUCCAGUGUCGAAGACGAGCCCGCUUUUGCCGCGCUCCCAACGCCUCUGCCGUGUCUUCCCGAAUCCCCCACCCACGCCCAAGCCAUGGUCAUGGCUUUCCUAACCGUGUCUCGGUGCCUGUAUAUAAACCACGCGUCCACGCCCGCACUUCCACUUUAACCCCUUCCUCGCCUUCCCCGUUGCGUUUGCCAUGGCCGUGCAGGCGCGGCACCACCCCCACGACUUCACACCGGUGGGUGGCUCCCUGUUCCUGGACGAGUACGCCGCCGGGCGCGUGCCACCAACGGCGCCGGCGGGGAUCGCGGACACGACGGUGCUCGGCGACUUCCCCGGCGGCGAGCUCACCAGCAACUGCGGCUUCGCGCCGAGGAAGCGGGCGCGCGUGGCGGACGCGGGGGGUUUCUUCUUGGAGGAUCAGCGCGUGGUUCUGGCCCCGGCCGCGAUGCAGGGUCUGGCGCCGCUGCCAGAGACGGCCGGGGACGACGAGCGGAGCAGGGCGGUGGGCUCCGGCGCGGCGUCCACCAGCGGGAGGGCGGUGGGCAAUGGCGCCGGCGCAACCCUCUCGCUCUGCCACCACGGCGGCGAGAUCGACGCGCUCAUACGACUCGAGAGCGAGAGGAUGCGCGCGGGGCUGGAGGAGGCGCGGCGGAGACACGCCCGGGCGCUGCUGGCCGCCGCGGGGCGGGCGGCGGCGGGGCGCGCGCGCGCGGCGGAGGCCGAGCUGGAGCGCGCGCUCCGGCGCAACGCGGAGCUCGAGGAGAAGGCGCGGCAGAUGGGCGCCGAGUGCCAGGCGUGGAUGGGCGUCGCCAGGAGCCACGAGGCCGUCGCCGCGGGCCUCCGAGCCACCCUCGACCAGCUCCUCCUCCGGCCGCCCAGCUGCGCCGCCGCCGCGGCGGUGGGCGACGGCGGCGAGGCCGAGGACGCGCGGUCGUGCUGCUUCGAGGCGCCGCCGGCCGCGGGCGACUGGGCCGCGGCGCCGCUGUCGUGCAGGUCGUGCGGCGGCGGCGAGGCGUGCGUGCUGCUGCUCCCGUGCAGGCACCUGUGCCUGUGCCGCGCGUGCGAGGCCGGCGCGGACGCGUGCCCCGUCUGCGCGGCCGCCAAGAACGCCUCGCUCCUCGUCCUCGUCUCCUGAAGCCUACAGCGUCCGUCCGGGCACAUGCCAGGACCGAAGAAGCAAGGGGUUUGUGUACAGUGUACCAGAGCAUGGUACUGCCGUACUGGUACAUCCUGUACAUGCGCCGCUUGAGUACAUGCCGUCGGGUUUCCUUGACUUGGCAAAGGCUGCAAUUGUUUCACGCUGGAAAGAGAGAUUGCUAAGAGCGAAAGGGUCACCAAUCGUGUAUGCUCAGUUGCAUGGAUCGGAGGCACCACCGGAACGGCAGAAACGGAGAGUUUGGACAAGCGAUCUCGUGAGAGGCCGGCACCAUCAGUCAGUUCGAGCGGCAGGCACCAGGUCGCUGCAAAUCGAGCUGCCACAGUAGCGUGACGGAUGAUACCAGACGAGAUCGGAUGCAACGAACGCAUCCGACGCCGGGAUGGAGCAGCCGCCGCAGCACGCUGCACGCUGCACAGCCCACAUCACGCCUCGACGUCUGAUGGGAAUCGGAUGCCGAUGGUGCCUGCCUCCCCCGUUCCUCCGGCGCGGCCGGCGCCUUGCGUUCCAUGUGCGGCGACGGAUCCGGCACGUCCGCCGUGUCUCCUCCCGCCGGCCAACGCCGUGCAGUGAAUCAGCGACCUACCGUAGCAGUAUACUUGGAUGGAUGGGCACGUAUCUGGAUCGACGCGAUGAUUGGUGACGCGGGCUUCUGCUCAGAAAGGGAUCUUAGGGUGAUGGGCACGACCGGGAAAACGCAUCGUGUCGCCGUCGGUCGCCACCACCUGCUGCUGCUGCUGCCGCCACCGCCGCCGGUCGUUGUAUCCUCCAUUUUUCCGUUGUCCGUGUCCUGCAUGUCUAUCAGAUAGCAGAAUGCAUGGAGGAGGUCCCCCUCAACGUGACAAGCGUGGAUCAAUGUUUAUCACCCGUCAAGAGUCCUUCCUUUUCUAUAGUUUGUAUCUAGCUAGUUGCUGGAAUCUUCCCGUUCACAACUGGGACAGAGAAAUGCGUACUGAAAGGGAAAUCGGGGUAGUAAACAUUAUGCAUCCAGCAUUGAUCAGUUGGGCUGAUGAUCGCUCAAGUCUAGUAUACCUUAGUGCUUUGCUAUAUGAAACUAAUUACCCUAAUGGCCUACUUUAGAAUUCGAAACAAGGUCACAAUUUUCUUUGUGUUA